UCGGGAGGCGGGGAUUCCGCGGGUAACGCUGGAACCCGGUGCGGACGCAAGACAGCUCGUCUCCUAGGCUAGAGGAGGAAAAGAAGCGCUCAUAGAGGUGCGGUCGCAGGCCGCUGUUGGCCGCGCAGGCGGGGCCCGCGAGGAAGGCUGUGGAGAUAUUGCCUCAUUUGGAAAGCUUGGGAAAACAGGGAAAAAUUUCUAGCAAAAUGUCAGCUUUUCGAAAUCAUUGUCCACAUUUGGAUUCAGUUGGAGAAAUAACAAAAGAAGAUUUAAUACAAAAAUCUCAUGGUGCUUGUCAGGAUUGUAAAGUCAGAGGACCAAAUCUUUGGGCAUGCCUGGAGAAUAGAUGUUCAUAUGUUGGCUGUGGUGAAUCACAAGUGGAUCAUAGCACCAUACAUUCUCAGGAGACAAAGCAUUAUCUAACUGUGAACCUUACCACUCUUCGAGUAUGGUGUUAUGCUUGCAGCAAAGAAGUGUUUUUGGAUAGGAAAUUAGGAGCUCAGCCUUCAUUGCCUCAUGUAAGACAACUUCACCCAACACAAGAAAACAGUGUCCAGGAGAAUAUUGGAAACCAUGCAAAUGUCAUCAAUAAGAUUUUUCCUUUAAAAAAAACCAGAAGUUUGUUUUUGGUGGAUUUUAAAAUACCCAGUAACACAACGUUAAAAACUCCUCUGGUUGCUGUAUUUGAUGAUCUGGAUAUAGAAGUGGAAGAAGAAGAUGAACUUAAAGCAAGAGGACUUACAGGUUUGAAAAAUAUUGGAAAUACUUGUUAUAUGAAUGCAGCUUUGCAGGCCCUUUCCAAUUGCCCACCUUUGACACAGUUUUUUCUUGAUUGUGGAGGACUAGCUCGAACAGAUAAGAAACCAGCCAUUUGUAAAAGUUAUCUCAAACUAAUGACAGAACUGUGGCAUAAAAGCAGGCCAGGAUUUGUGGUGCCUACUAAUUUGUUUCAAGGAAUUAAAACUGUAAAUCCAACAUUUCGGGGUUAUUCCCAGCAGGAUGCUCAAGAAUUCCUUCGAUGUUUAAUGGAUCUUCUUCAUGAAGAAUUGAAAGAGCAGGUCAUGGAAAUAGAGGAAGACACUCAUGCUGUAACGACUGAGGAGAGUAUGGAAGAAGACCAGAGCCAGUCAGAUAUAGAUUUUCAGUCCUGUGAAUCUUGUGGCAGUAGUGAUAAAGCAGAAAAUGAAAACGGCUCUAGGGGUUUUUCUGAAGAUAAUAAUGAAACAACAAUGUUAAUUCAAGAAAAUGAGAACAAUUCAGAAAUGUCAAAAGAUUGGCAAAAAGAGAAGAUGUGCAAUAAGAUUAAUAAAAUAAAUUCUGAAGGUGAAUUAGAUAGAGACUCUGUGUCUGAAACAGUCAACCUGAACAACCAGGAAACUGUCAAAGUGCAAAUACACAGCAGAGCUUCAGAAUAUAUCACCGACGUCCAUUUGAAUGACCUGUCUACAUCACAGAUCCUUCCAUCAAAUGAAGGUGUUAAUCCACGUUUAUCAGCAAGCCCUCCAAAAUCAGGCAAUUUGUGGCCAGGACUGGCAUCCACACACAAGAAAGCUCAGUCUGCAUCAUCUCCAAAGAGAAAAAAACAGCACAAGAAAUACAGAAGCGUUAUUUCAGACAUAUUUGAUGGAACAAUUAUUAGUUCAGUACAGUGUCUAACUUGUGACAGGGUGUCUGUAACCCUCGAGACCUUUCAAGAUCUCUCCUUGCCAAUUCCUGGCAAGGAAGACCUUGCUAAGCUGCAUUCAUCGAGUCAUCCAACUUCUAUAAUCAAAGCAGGAUCAUGUGGCGAGGCAUAUGCUCCACAAGGGUGGAUAGCUUUUUUCAUGGAAUAUGUGAAAAGGUUUGUUGUCUCAUGUGUCCCUAGCUGGUUUUGGGGUCCAAUAGUAACCUUGCAAGAUUGUCUUGCUGCCUUCUUCGCCAGAGAUGAACUAAAAGGUGACAAUAUGUACAGUUGUGAAAAAUGCAAAAAGUUGAGAAAUGGAGUAAAGUUCUGUAAAGUACAAAAGUUUCCUGAGAUUUUAUGCAUCCACCUUAAAAGAUUCAGACAUGAACUAAUGUUUUCCACCAAAAUUAGUACCCAUGUUUCAUUUCCGCUAGAAGGUCUCGAUCUUCAGCCAUUUCUUGCUAAGGAUAGUCCAGCUCAAAUUGUGACCUAUGACCUUCUGUCUGUCAUCUGUCAUCAUGGAACUGCAAGUAGUGGACACUAUAUAGCUUAUUGUCGAAACAAUUUAAAUAAUCUCUGGUAUGAAUUUGAUGAUCAAAGUGUCACUGAAGUUUCAGAAUCUACUGUACAAAAUGCAGAAGCUUAUGUUCUUUUCUACAGGAAGAGCAGUGAAGAGGCACAAAAAGAGAGGCGGAGGAUAUCUAAUUUGUUGAACAUAAUGGAACCAAGCCUUCUUCAGUUUUAUAUUUCUCGACAGUGGCUAAAUAAAUUUAAGACCUUUGCUGAACCUGGUCCUAUUUCAAACAAUGACUUUCUCUGUAUUCAUGGAGGUGUUCCUCCACGAAAAGCUAGUUAUAUUGAAGACCUGGUUUUGAUGCUGCCUCAGAACAUUUGGGAUAACCUAUAUAGCAGGUAUGGAGGAGGACCAGCUGUCAACCAUCUGUACAUUUGUCACACUUGCCAAAUUGAGGCGGAAAAAACUGAAAAAAGAAGGAAAACUGAACUGGAAAUUUUUAUUCGGCUUAACAGAGCAUUCCAAGAAGAGGACUCUCCAGCUACUUUUUAUUGCAUCAGUAUGCAGUGGUUUAGAGAAUGGGAAAGUUUUGUGAAGGGUAAAGAUGGAGAUCCUCCGGGUCCUAUUGAUAACACUAAAAUUGCAGUUACUAAAUGUGGUAAUGUGAUGCUCAGGCAAGGAGCAGAUUCUGGUCAAAUUUCGGAAGAAACAUGGAAUUUUUUACAGUCCAUUUAUGGUGGAGGGCCUGAAGUUAUCCUACGACCUCCAGUUGUUCAUGUCGACCCUGAUACACUACAAGCAGAAGAAAAAAUUGAAGUAGAAACUCGGUCUUUAUGAUUUUGAGGAUAUAGAGAUUCAAUGAGAAAUCAUUUUCACUCCCCCCUGCCAUAUACAUAUGCAAAAACAUUCCUAAAAGCAUGUCUAUUUUCUUGAUUUUUAAUCUUUUACCCUUUUAUUCCUUCUUACUGGGCAUUAUGGAAGAAUGUUAAAAUGUGUAAUAUGCUACAGGCUGGUAUAUUUAAUGCUAAAUAACAUAACAGAGUCUCUCAGUGUAAUAUUUUGAAAGAGAAGGGACAGUUGUGAUCAAUCGGUAAUCAGGUUAUCUUUGAUCUUUGUACUACAUGCAGAUCCAUAGUAUUCUCUUGUAGUGUUGUAAAUACUUUUUCAUUACCCUAAACCAUAAUUUUGACCAAUCUUUUCAGUUUUCCAAAAACCUAAUUUAAUUGUAUAGUUUUGACAAGGCUUCAUAUAAUAGCCUAUUUUGAGAGUAGUUGUCAGAAAACUGUUAAUUUCCUAAAGCUCAGGAAAGGUUAGCUUGUUACUUCUUUUGCACUGCAGCAUAUAAACUAGCAUAUUAAGAUUUACAAAAUGUCUUUUGAAUGUAUCAAAGAUGUAUUUAGUUUGGAUGGAAUUUGUGUGAGCAGAUAUUAGUAACUUAUUGCCUCUUAAUACUGUAAAAUGUUACACUUUGGUUCCUAUAACUGAAUAAUAUUAUGUCAAUAACUAAAAAACUUAGUUUUAGAGCACUUUUUUGAGAGCAUGAAGUGUAGAAUGUGUCAGUGAGAUUGUUGAUAAAGCUGAAGCCACUUGCAGAAUGAUUUUUUAAUGAAAUGCGUAAAAUCUUUUUGAAUAAUGUAGUAUGCACUGCUACUUGGCUCGAUUAUGUGAUGUCAAAAGUUUAACUAUUAUUCCAAGUACAAAAUAUACUGAAUUACUUUGGGGAUGUUGAAUAGCAUUCAUGAUGGCUUUGUUUUGGUUUGGUGCAGCUGCCACCAGCUACAGCAGUGUUGUUAAAAUUAGUUCAAUAAAAACGAUUUUAAAACUUACAACUUGGGUGUUGAAUUUAUUUGACAGACAUUAAAGGUGAAGUGUAUAAAGCUUGCUAAUAUUAAUGUUAUUUCUUAAUCAGAAGUAUGCAAAAUAAGAAAUCAUUUAAAGUUUUCAUGUUAAUGAAAUGACGAGCCUAUUCAGGUAUUUGAGGUAUUUUUAAUU